UUGGCCGAUUAGAAAACAUUUCGAACAAGCAAACAAGCAAACAAACAAAGCAAACGAGUGCCAGCAAUUUCCACUCACUUUCUAUCUAUCAUUCGGGGAGAUUUGGAUCUGAGCCGACUUUCCCUCAUACUUGUAGUUCGCAGCCGCAAUCCCCUUGGUGGUUCAGUGUAAUUUAGAUUUAUGCGCCCCGCGGUUGUCUUCACCCCUCUCGUGCACAGCGAGAAACGAGGCGGCCAUACAAUACGAGUGCGUCAUGUGCAUAGGUGUGAAGGUUGCCGCGGGCGAGCAGCUGAAGCUGCAACAUCAACGUUGCUGCAUAAAAGGCUAAUGCCCCGGGAAAAGUGGAGGCCGAGCUGCCAUCGAAGUGCCCUGGGUGGCUUGCUGGCUUAA